AUGGCACCCAUGAAGGUGGAAGAAUUGAAGAAGCAGUUGGAGGAACUUCGGGCUUUGGGCUUUAUUCACCCAAGUAGUUCUCCUUGGGGAACGCCGGUCCUAUUCGUUAAGAAGAAGGACGGGUCAUUGAGACUUUGUGUGGAUUACAGGGAGCUAAAUAAAGUGACCAUCAAGAACAAGUAUCCAUUACCAAGGAUUGACGAUCUGUUUGAUCAGCUUAGGGAGGCGCAGUUCUUCUCAAAGAUCAACCUACGUUCUGGAUACCAUCAAGAAGAAGUGAAGUUUCUUGGCCACGUCAUUACUAGAGAAGGAUUAGCCGUAGAUCCGGCUAAAGUCAAGUCCGUGCUUAAGAGGCAGCAACCCACUAAUUUCAUGGAAAUUCGAAGCUUUUUGGGUUUAGCGGGAUACUACAGACGGUUUAUUCGAGGGUUUUCUUUGGCAAAUGUUGGAAGAAUAAGGGACUUUGAUUUCGAGUGGAGAUUACAGUCAGCUACUAAGCAUUUUGCAAGCUUAUCCAUUCAACCAUCACUUAUAUCUCGAGUCAUUGAGGUGCAACAGGCAGACCCAGCGAUCAUCAAUCGCCAUAAGGAAAUGACUGAUGAUGGUUCGUCCGAGUGGCAAGUCAGUGUAAAUGGUGGACUUCGCUAUAAAAUGCGAUUGUAUGUGUCAGAAGAUGAUGAGCUGAGGCAAGAAAUAUUAACCAACGCACACCAGUCCAAAUUCACGAUCCACCCUGGUAGUACAAAGAUGUCCCGCAAUGUUAAGAGACAAUAUUGGUGGCCAGGGAUGAAGUGUCACAUUACUGAAUUUGUCGCCCAAUGCGAUACAUGUAAAAGGGUCAAGGCAGAGCAUAAACUACCCUUUGGUACCUUGCAACAACUAGAGAUUCCUUAG